CCUUCCAUCGGGGGUAGUCAUGGAGACCGCGCGAGACCGAGGCAGCUGCUGGUAGAGUUCUCACAGCGAGUGUUUCCGCACACCUAGAAUAAAGAGCAGGCGAGAAGACCGACGACGGGGAAACAACAGGGCAGCCUUUACGGAACUAAACGACAAAGAUAGUAUAUUUCUAUGAAUUAUCUACCCGCAUUUUGUCUGGGUGUCUCCGUUUUACUCGGCCGUUCAUGCCUCGAUUGUGAGACGUUGAGAGGAGGGCUCGCUGGUAACCUUUACGUUGGUGAGUCUUGGCUGUUUUUUUUUUCGCAAGCUAAGCACAGAUAGGCCACUACGACAGAACUGUCUCUGCCUUUCUCUUUCCCCUCUGUGUUUUUGUUGUUUUUCAUUUUAAACAAGUUGUUUAUGCUAAAGUAACGCGUAUUGGUUUAAUAACAGGAAUAAUGAGUUGUCACUUCGGCGUUUUGUCAACUAUUUUAGUGUAUUUUCAGUGACGCUGGCUUCAACGGUUAACAAACGUUAAUAUCUGACAACGUAAUUUGUGAUUAUAUCUGACAUACCUGCAGUGUUACUUUAGCUUUGGUGGUUUUUAAUAACAUAAUACUUUUGCUUUUAAAAAGGUGUUGUAAUAAUUAAUUAAUCAAAACCGACUGGAGUAGCUAGUCAGUCCUGUCUUGUACAGUUAACAGCUGUAGCAUUACUGUAUUGUUUUGUUUUGGUCAUUUAACAUAGCAGUUAGGAGCAGUUCAGAUAUGUAAUAACAGUGAAAACAAAUCUACUCAAUAAUCUCUGUUAGAAUGAGGUUUUUGUCCGAAAGUGUGUGUGUGUAUGUGUCAGUGUGUGUGUGUGUGUCUAUGUAUGUGUUCCUGGCAGCCCACCACAGUCUUUGUUUAAAUAGCUCGCAGUACAGUUGCACGUGUCGAAGCGUGUGACUCCGCUUUAGAGCUGCUACGAAGGCAGAUGACCACGUUUGAUAGAGUUGCAGCAUUACAGACGUAUUCCUGAGUUUCGAGGGUGUCCUUGCGCAAAUUUUCCUCCACGUUGUAAUUUCCCACUCCCUCGCUUAAUGUUGCAAUGAAAGUUUGGAGUCAUUUCCUGCUUGCUGGGAAGGGUUAGAGAGGUUGCAAAGGGUAGGGGAGACCAGAUGUGAGUUCUUGUCUGUGAUCAUAACAGAGAGCAAGGACCUAUGAAGUCAGGAGCAGGGGUGUAUUCAAGGCUAAUGUGCAGCCUAAGCAAAUCAUUUAAAGUGCUGUAUGCAAUAUGGGGCUGACCAAUGUUUACAUGAAGACCUUGUGCGCUGCGUGUUGUUUUGAGAGAUAAGAUCCGGUACUUUGUGAAAGAAUAUACACUUGCAUAUGGCAUGUUGUGCCACUCAGUCUACACAGCCCUAGCUAUUAAUGCGUUAUGGUAGUGUUGAUAACUAUUUGCUAUUUCAAAAGUGAGGAUUUUCUUUACUGAAAACAAGAGUCCCUUUUGAGAAUUUAUUCAUUUGCAGUGUAUCCACUAAAAAGGUAAAAUACUGUGGUUUACUCAGGUCUAGCAAUACCUAACAACUGACUAAACACUAGUUUCUUUGUACUCAAUGAUUGCAGCACCUUUCCUUUCAGGAUUCCUGCCAAUAAGAUUUUUAAGGUGAUUAAGAUAUUGUUCAAAUUUCAGAGAGUUAAUUUGCUUGCUUUUGUUAUUUCCUCAUUCCUCGCUUUUCAGUGUGUUUCUUAAUUCAGUCCAACCUUGUUGGAGUUGUUGGUUCUUUUUAAACGUUCAACAGUGUUUGCAUGAGUGCCAUGUAUUGGUGCUUUAUUCAAAGCUUUUCCUUUACGUAACUGAUAAGUGUUAUUUUUUUAAGUGUCACAAUAACCAACUCCACUUCCACUGUUUGGAUCGACUGGCUUUGUUUUUGCAUAUUGUGCACACUCUGGCUUCCACAGAGGGACUUGGAGAUAAACAAUGGGCAGCUCUAAUGGUUUUCAGUUUUAAAGCCAUUGUGUAGCCAAAGUGUGAUUUUUUUCUUAAUUCCCAGUCCAGCAUUUAGGGGGCCUUUUCUGUUUGACAACAUAGCUUAGAGAAAACAUCUUGUGUGGACAGAUAAGAGCACAGCAUUUGGCUUCAAUCCCAGUCAGCUUCCCUACCUUUCACCGCUGUCAACGUAACAUGACAGCAUUUCUCUCUGUCUUCUUUCAGACUUCUGCUUUCACUCCCCUUGUUUUGCCUUAGUCUUACUCUUUUCUCACUUUUUCUGCCUCCUUCCUUGUGGCAGUGCAGAGGGAUGCCCGGGUGCUGUGGGGCUUACUACAACAUAAUACUUCAUAACAAAGGCUCCUUUCUGUGCUGCCAUGCAGAGCCUCAUCUCUGGGCUCCCUCCGCAGGCCCAGGCGAGUUCCACCAGCCGCAGAGGCAUUGGGGCCUAUCGGGUGGAAAUCUCCUCCCGGCUGUUUCUUUGGCACACUGAGUGCUCUCUGUUCCCGGACACAUGCCUGCACUGCUGCUCUCCUUGGCUCCCUUUGCAUUCCAGGAGCCCCGGGCAGCUGAAAAACUGCAGCAGCAGCCUGCUGGCUGGCUGGUUGUCUCAAUGGCGUCUGAAGUGGAGGGUUGGAUCAUUUUUCCCCAGGUGGAAGACUAAACAGACAAGAUUUUGCACUUUCCUUAUGCAGUGGGUUGAAGCAUGGCAACCAGCGUUGUCAAAUGGCAAUGCUGUUUUUAGCAUAGUUGCAACUAAUAAUUACUUUCAUGAUAAGCUUAUUUUUAUUCAGAAGGUGUUGCUUCAUUUGCUUGUUUCUGUAGGCAACAAUCCCAAAAAUAAUAAAAUUACAAGGAUAUAAACACCUACAGCAUACUCAAACUAACGACACACACACUAGCGUAUGUGCAUAAAAAAACCCAGAAACAAUUAAGCUAAUGAUCACAGUUAUCUAACAUUAAUGUUUCAAUCAGCUCAUUAAAUAGUCAUUAUAAAGCUCCAGUAAGGAACUUUUAGUUUGUAUCGAUUUUGGCAGCCCCUGUGAACAAAGUCGUUUUUUUUUGUUUUAUUUUAUUUUUUUUCAUUUUUGAUAUCUUACUGUCUUUAUCCUUUAGUGAUGUCUUCCUACAAAAACCCCAUCCUGCUGACUUUAGAUUGUCAAAUGUGUCAUUUAUUGUGUCCAUUCUUUGUGGAAAGUGUAAAAAGAGGGCUGUUUAUUCAGCUGCUUGGCUAAUACCAACUCCCUCCACUCUGGUUUUAGGCAUUAAAAGUUACAAUAUAAAAGUAGUCAAUCUUGUCCUCAGUGGCUGUUUUUGCCUUUGUAUAUAUAAAAAAAGGCAUUAGUAUGAAUAACAGUCUAUUUAACUGAUCUGGACACAACACAGACUUGUUCCCAAUUCUGUUUUUCUCAGUAUCAGCCUUUUAUCUUUAUUUUUGCCACGGUGCUUCAGAAAAAUGAACUUCAACACCACUAUGUUCUGAUUUACUUUAUGAUAAGGAUGCCAUCAUGGUGAUGUCAAUCUGACCAUAAGUUUGAGGUUUGGGACUUGAUCCAUUGUGAGGUACUCCUUCAUUUCACCACAGUCCUAAACCACCAUUUUUAUCAGAUGGAUAGUCUCCCAUUCGUCCAGCUUUGCUGUUUUAAUUGCUGUAACUUUACUGGGCUUGAACCAAGUGAUCACAUGAGCUAUGAUGUCCAAUUAAGCACAAAAUGUUGACAUUAAGUCUUCAUAUAAUUUUCAUAAGGCGGUGUGCCUUCUCUGAGACUGACACUGUUCAAUUAUUAAAUGCAGUCCCAGCAACACAGAGCUGUACUUAUCAGGAAACAAGGAAGUAGCUCUGCUCUUCUGUGUGGUAUCAGGUUGUGUAUGCACUUCAUCCAACAUCUGUGGUUACAGGCUGACGUGCUUCCUGUCACUGCAUUCUUUUUUUAAAAUCAGAUAUGCUAAACAGUCAUCUGAAUGUUUUUUCCUGUUUGUUCUUGUAUUUAUUUCAGUCAUCUUGAGUGUUUGAUAAGAUGUGUUUUAAUCGGCUAGCUAUCUGUUUCCAGUAACACUCAGAGAUCAGAGAGUGGUUACGCUGCGAUAGUGGCUUAUUAUGUAAGACAUUCAGAAUGACUGUGCAGUGAUACUAGAUGUUUAAACAUGUACGUCAUACACUAAUGUUGGGACCUAAGAAAUAACAUGGCUCCAUUUAUGACAGGAAGUGUUUGAUUUCAAAGUUUCCUCCAGAAAAAUAAGUCUUACCUUUUGAAGUUCAAACUAGCAGCAUAGUCUUUAAAGUGAUGUGUGAAACUCGACUUUUCUGAUGAAGUCUGACAGAAAACACAUGGUUGCCAGCGAGGAAGUUGACAUCAGAAUUUAAGGCAGUUCUGUUCUGUCACUGUCAAACUGCCUGCUGCGUUAUUAAUCAGUUUUGUGCUGAAACACCCGCUGUAUUAAACAGAUCUGCAAGAAAUGGCUCUCCGGCUCUGGUAAGAGCUAAUUGGAAUGGUGUAUAUUUGUGGGAUACGUAACAUAAAGUUAAUGACUUUCUCCUUUGUUGGAGAUUCCUGUGUGAAAGCAAUUAAGCUAAUUCUGCCUUAGUUUUCACUUUUCAGAUGUACUGGCGGGUCAAUACUCUGCCCUCAGCUUUCUCAGGAGGUCAGCUGCACAUUAUAGAUGCCAUCCCAAGUGAUUAUUUACAUCCCAGCCCGUGCGAGGUUUUGUCCUACCUUUGACUUUAGUUUCACUUUGUUAUCUCUAAGACACUCAUCUAGGAACAAUAUCUUAAUCAGGGCCUAUCUGUAAAACAGCCCCUUAACAGCACGGCUCGCAUCCCUACAUAGACAAACGAGGAAGCAUCUAUGGAUCAAAUAGCUGGCACAAGUCCCCUGCAUGUGUUUUUGACCGUCUGCCCUUUGGCUCAAUGCUGUACUCAAACUGUUCUGCCAAAGCUAGCUUACGUCACUCUUUCCCACUGGCCUGGGCUGCAUGCAGGUAUGAUUUUCCGACCUAUUCCUGCGGGCAUCAGAAAGGUGGUGAGCUGUGUGACUCCCUGCAGUGUGCCAGUGUGUGUGUGUGUAUAUAUACAUAAAUAUAUAUAUAUAUAGCAAAAUCUGUGGUGAUAAAUUAUCAAGAUUGUUGGGUAACUAAUUUACAACCAAGUAAUGAAUUAAGUUGUAAAUAUUUCUCAUAAAAUGUACAUACAGCCGCUGUAUGUAAGCGCCUACAUUUGAGGCUUUAAUUUGUUUUUCCUGUUUUUUGAUGAGAGUACUGGGGCAAAAACAAAAGGUUCAAUCAGUCAGUGUCUGUCUCAUAAAUAAAUCAUUGGUUCACAAGUGUCAGAAAGAUGAGGAAAAAGCCCAGUGACCAAAGAAAUGAUUCCAAAUAUGUUUCCUUUUUUUUCUGUAAUUCACCAAGGGAAAGUGCCAAUAGUUCCAAAAUGAUAAGAUGAGCCUCUUUCCAUACAUGUUUAUACUCUGAAUAUCAUUUAUUUUGGACCUGUAUGAAAGAGUAACUGUAAAGUCCUGAGGAUAAUUUUCCUUUCAAUGGCCUUGUUUAAUUACCUUCAGUGUUUUACCUCUAUGGAGUAUGUACAUCAUAUUUCUGUGUGCAUGUCAGGAUCUUUCCCUAUCACAAUGGUUGCAGGUCGUCUGAAGCAGUGCCAGAGCCACGCAGCAGAUCUGCAAUCAAAUUGGCGGCUCUCUAAGUGCAGCCAUGCCAUUACUGUAGCCAUUAGCUCAGCAGCCUUCUGUGACUGUAAUGGGCCCCCUGCCCUCUCUCGAGGAUAUGCUGCCUGCCAGCAGUUAGUUCCUCAGAAAAACGCAGCUACUGCUGCUUCAUCCCAACCUCUCUGCUGCAGCAUGCUCAAGAAGACUAUAUGCACCUGCAUCUCAUUUAUGUAAUGAUAGUGUUUUUUCCUCUCUGUAUCCGGAUGCUUUUAGAAAGUUAGAUCAGUUGGUAUCAUGGAGAGAGAUUAGUGAAGAGAGGAUGGGUGUUUUAUUACCUGUGUUUGUGCAUAUGGCUGCAUAUUUUCUCCAAAUUAUGUUUGAAGAUCUCUCAAUAUAACUCCUCAUAUCAUCUGUCCUUUUCUCUUUUGUGUUAGGAAUGCAGCAUUUGAUUUAGCAUUGACACAUUUUCUAUAUUUUGUAGACACUCAACACAGAUACCACGUAAUGUAGCAGCAAACUCAGACAAACAAGGCUACAACAUUCUGUUAUCUUUGACAAAUACAUUAAUAAGUUGGCAAUACUCAUGGCUAAAGACUUAAGAUAUGUCUGGGAAUUUCACUCCAUUAUGAUCUUAAUAAUUAAUCCAUCAAACUCGAUUCAUUGUUACAACCUGCAGCAUAUGGCAGACAGUAGUUCCAGCUGAGCUUACACUUGGGUGACAUCUGUUUAUCACUCAACUGUAAAGUACUGCACCCUCACUAUUAUUAGUCUUUGGAGGCCACAUAAGCUCGGCUGCUGUUCGUUUUCUAUUACAUACGCACACAAAAUACAGAUGCCGAACCAAAACCAAAUGCACACAGACACAUUAUUGAUAUGCACUGCAACCCUAACACCACCAAACUGAGACUGUUUUUUCCAAUAAGGAAGUUACAGUAAAUGUAGCUCCUCCUCUUACCAUAAAAACUCAAGCAGAAUCUGCACAUAUUUUCGCUGUUUUGAUAACCAGAAGACUCUCACCCUCCCUCGAACUCUUGCACAUGUUUUAAGCCUCUCUCACCCUAAUGCUUCCUCAUUAGCUGCAGGGAUCUGUUUCCCUGUUACAUCAUCUACAGCAGACUGUCGAGGCUGGUUUACUUGGUUCGAUCUCAGAGGCUGAGUCAAAAGUAAAGAUGGUGGGGAGAUCAGAUAAACUUCCUAGGUACUGCUGCUACUGGUUGAGCUGGAAAUUGUGGUCGGUCUGUCUGCGUGUGUGUCAGAUAUACAAACAGACCACAGAGUAGGAUGCAGUUUAAGGAACAAAAACAGAGAAGAGGAAACAUGCACAAAGUUAUUCAUGGCAUUAUCAGUUAACCGUCUGUUACUUAAUGAUGUGCAGAGAAGGCCAUUUCCUUUUCUCUCUUGUACAGCCUUGAUAGCUUUCUCCCUCUAUUCCCUGCUGUCUCUCUGUGUUGCUUUUGGUUACGUAAUCCUCGCUCAAUGUUGAUAGUAAUCCUCGCUCUCCCUCCCUCCCCCCCUUUCUUACCCUUCCUCAUCUCUAUGUGGCCUGAACAGGUUAAGCCGUAGAGGACUCUCGCUGGUCGCCGGGGGAAAAGAUGUGCGAUGGAAUGGUAGCGUUUCAUACGAGAGCCCCGUCCUCCUCCUCUUCCUCUUCUCCUUUAGCCCACAGGCUGGCUGCCUCCGUGCUCCUCCUCCUCUUCACCCUGCUCCCUAAUGGUCACGCAUCAGGUAAGGAGACACAGACCCACACACAUAGUUUUUUUUAUCUUUCUGUCUCUGCUCCCACAUGAUGCUUAUGGACUUCCCCAUCUCUGGUGAAUUCACUGAGGUUAUUUUCUCCUCAUCCUGCAGGUCAGUUUGAUUAAAUUAGCUUCCUUUACCCUUGGUUCACUUAGGUUGCUCUCUCCCUCUUUCUCUCUUCGCAACAGCAGAGAGCUUGAUCCCGCCUACUCUGUGAAUCCAUUCACUGCUCUAAUGAGUCACAACAGUUUUUCUCCACUAUUGAGUGAAACUGAGAGAUGGUGUUGUCUGCGGUCACAUCUCUGUCAUAAGGUUUUAAUCAGACAUGACAUUAAAAGUCCUGUGAGAGCUUUUAGCGCAGUUUGCCAGCAUUGGUUAUUAUCUCACUGCAACCUUCAAAUCAGGUUUUCAGCCCAAGAGCUACCAUUGCUGCCUUGAAAUGUCAGAAGUGAGGAUUUCAAAUUCAAUUUGUUGAAUAGUUGUUCGAAGUAGCACUUGUAAGUUGAAGUAAACAUGGGUCAUAGGGGUGUUUAUCGACUUCACAGGACAAGUCGAGUUCAAAGUUGUUACUUUAGAGACAUAAAAUGGAGAUGGCAUGUACUCUCUGAACCCCUUCACUCGUGCCAGCUUCCCCUCACAUUGCUCUGUGUUCCUGUCCCCUCCUCCUCGCACAAACACACACCUACACACAUGCACUACCCACACAGACGUGCACUCAUACAUACACUACCCUCAUGUAGCCAGCUCGUGAAAUGUGCCAGAUGUCCUUGCCACAGAGAGGAGGCGGACUCUGUGUGUGUGUGUGUGUGUGUGUGUGUGUGUGUGUGUGUGUAAGUAAGGGGUGGUUUUGGCUCUUGGAUGUUUUUAAAGCCUUAAUUGAUUUCCUUUCUUAAACAUCUUAAGUAAACCAAUGUGAGUGUAAGCAGGAGAAAUAGCAACAGAAUAAAUGUCUUCAAAAAGAGAGAUAGGUGGAUGGGAACAGCUGAUCCUUAGUGUAUCGUCACUCUCUCUCUCUCUCUCUCUCUGUCUCUCUUUCUCUCUCUCUCUGUCUUUCGCUGUCUGUCUGUGUGUGUCUUAUGUAAUACACAUGAUUCAUGUAGAGCCCAGAGGGGCUGGUAUCACACUCACGUUUUGCAUCCAACACACACACACACACACACACUGCCUACCCAUACCAAGAAAAUGUGUCCUCAAAUCCCCAACCCACGUGCUCUGUGCACUGUAUGAUUGUGUCUGUGUGUGAAUGCUCCAGAUAUUCGUAUUAGAAAGACAAAGUUUGGACCCAAAAUUCUGCAGGUCAGUGCAUCACAAUUUUGACCUUGUAUUGACCACAUGUGGUGCAGGACAUAGAGACAAAUAUGCAUCUAUUUUUGCAUUACCAAAAUGCACCUGUACCUUUAAGAUAGACUGUAGAAAAGGAUAGGUAGUUCUGUUGGCUCCAACACUUGGACUAUUUUGGGCUGGUGUCUUUUAAACAGAGAAAGUUCUGACCUGUGUGGUCUGAAUAUUCUUAGACCUGGUGUCUCAACUGCUUGUAGGAACUGUUUUCAUAUCCGCGCCUGCUACUUUUUAAUGUUGUUAUGUAUCCAAACAUGCAAUGGAACAUUCCUGAUGGUGCUGUGAUGAAUCUAACAACAAUACAAAGGUUAGUUUUGGGUGUUGUCAUAGCUGCAUAUUUCUAAGAUAAUACCUCCUUUUAUAAAAGCAUGUCAUGCAGUGGUGUGUCCAUGCUGAAUCACAACACAUACCACAACGCCACUCAGCUUUAUUUAUACAACACCUUUUGUACAUAACAGUAUGCAGUCUAAAGUGCUUCACAACAGAAAAGAGUGAUAUCAGUAAAAAUAAAUAGAAGUCGUGAAUUAAAAAAAAAUGAGGUCAAAUAAAACAAAGUUUAAAACCAAAAUAGUAAUAAUGAUACAUCUAUUGUAAAAUCCACGAGCUCACUGUUUUUAUAUUCAGAGAGUUUCAGAGUUUAGGAGCAUCAAAACAGAACCCACCCUUACACUGAUGUCUAAGAAACACAAUAGAGGAGACUGAAGUGCAUUUGGGUGUUGUGGUAAGACAGAUAUAUUUAGUUAAGUGUUGUCGGCAUAGAAAUGACAAUCAAUGUGGUGGUGUGCAAUAAUAUUUUGGAGUGGAAGUAUUGAAAGGGAAAAAAAAAAUUGCCCAAGGAUGCUUUACUGAGGAACACCAUAAUCAAAAUCAUGACAUAAGAUCCAGCUCUGGAAAAUGCUGUAAAGAUGUUUGCUUCUUUGCAUCUAAUGAAUAAACAGUAUGUGACUUCAGGGUAUAAUAGUGUGCACAGGUUUCUAACUCUACCCCAGCAUGUUAAUGAUGAAUGAGUGCAUUUGUUUUAGGCAGUUCUCAGGCACUUUAGCAUAAACUUCAAUAUUUUAUCCAAUAAAGGCAACUUCCUCUAAAUAAUAAAACAGAAUCGCCCCCUUAACAACAACAACAACAAAAACUGAAAACAUCUCAAAGAAACCCUUGUAGUUCUGUUGAUUCUUCAAUAUGAUGAAACUUUGAUGCUUUUUACUUUAAAACAGAGGCACUGCAUGAGUGUGAUCAUAACAUAAAAGAAAAGAACAGCACUCCAACAUCUUGUGCACUACAGGCCAAAAGUUUGGAAGCAAGAUCAGAUUUGUAAAAAAAAAAUUAUAGUUUCAUAUAUAUAAUUUGCAACAAAAUAAACAUGACUGUUGUGUAAAGAAUAACUUAUCAGAAGACAUUCUGACUAUAAUAAUUAGGUAUUUGAGUUAUUGUUGCUUAGACUUUGCUUUCUUUAAAGUAACCUCCUCUGGCUUUAACAACAGCUUGGCAUAUACAAGGCAUUCAUUCCACAAGUUUUUUAAGUUAUGUUCCAGGUAUUGCAUUCCAAGCUUUCUUAAGUUCAUUAAAAAGAGACUGCUGAUUCAUGGGACGCAUUUUUCUGACCGAUCGAUCCAAUUCAUCCCGCACAAGCUCAAUUGGAGAGGGGUCUGGAGACUUAGGGGGCCAAACCAUCUUUUGAAGAACACCUCCCUCUUCUUUUUUGUCUAGAUAACCCUGACAGAGCUUGGCAGAGUGCUUAGGGUCAUUGUCUUGCUGCAAAACAAAGUUAUGAGCCACAAGUCUGAGUCCAGAUGGAACAGCAUGGUGCUGGAGGAUGGAGUGGUACUGUUCCUUCUUCAUGAUACCCUUUACUUCAAACAAAUCUCCUACUCCAUCACCUGCAAAACAUCUCCAUCCCAUGGAACUACCACCUCCAUGCUGAAUUGUGGGUGUAACACAUGGUGCUUUCAGACGUUCACCAGUUUUGUCUGCGGACAUAGACUCUGCGUUUUGAACCAAACAGUUCAAACUUGUUUCUAAUCAUCAUAAGUCCAAUUUUUGUGAGCUUUUGCCCACUCAUAUCUCAUUUUCUUGUUCUGUGGAUGAAGUAGUGUUUUUUUUACAGAUACACAACCCUUCAGACCAGCCUUUCUCAAACGUCAUUUCACGGUUGUCAGAGAUAUGGGUUUUGACCUUGUGAUGUUGAUUUCCUCCCUUAUUUGUGGUGCUGUCUUUUGCUGAUCUCUCUUAUUGGUGACAAUGUUAUGUUUAUCCUCUGCUUUUGUAGUAACUCUCUUUCGUCCAGGUCUUUUUCUAUCAUCAUAACUUCCAGGUUCCUCUAGUCUCCUUAGAGUGUAGUGGACACCUUUAGGUGUUUUGCAAUUUCUCUUUCUGUGUAUCCUUCUUUCCUCAAUGUACAAAUCUGUACUUUUGUUUCUUUACUCAAUUGCUUCUUUCUAGCCAUUUUUGCGGUAGUUUGUACGCAGUUGAGAUUUACUAGGAUUUUUGCAUGCAGGCUCUCAAAAGCCAAAAAGUUGAAGUGAAUAAUCCAAUUGUGAUUUGUUUUUUUGCUUUUGCACUGAAGUUGUGACUCUUGCAAAUGUUUUCAACCCUAAAACUAAGCCUUUAUUAUCUUUUGCUGACAUUUAGCGAUGGUCUGUUAACAUCAAUGUAUAUCUAAAGGAUAAUGGAGUAAAAUGGUGCAUUUCCAUGAAAGCAACAUCUGAUCAUGGAAUAAAUACAUCCCAAAAUACAUAAAACUCAUGCUGGAUUUUUAAAAAAGCAUUGUGAACAAAAACUUGAAGUUACUCCCAACUGUUCGGCCUGUAAUGGCCUUGCUUCCAAACUUUUGGCCUGUAGUGUACAUGAGCAGUAUUUCCAUCAUGGAAGAAUCUCUAAUCUUCAGUCAGACAUAUCACCAUGAGGACGACUCUGUUCUUCUAGCUUCAGAGUCAUCAUAUUAUCGGUGCGUGUGUUCUGUCACUGUCCUCUCCUCCUCUCCUGCUCACCAUACAUAAUUCACAUAGGUAAUCCCUCAACGUGUUCCAGGGCUGGAGAUUGCUCCGGAAAUUUUCAUGAAUAUGAAAUUCCAUCAGCGCUGACAGGCUUAUCUCAAACUCGUAUAAAUAGCAGUGCACAGUAUGAAUAGAAAUGAUAGUUGAGAAUUUACGGUAAAGCAUUUGCAUACCAGAUAAGAAGCUGGAAACAAAAGGGACCAGGAUGCAACACAGAGCAGCAUCACAGCUAUUUUUGCUCUGUGGAGGUUUAGUUGACUUUAUUAGGACGUUUGGCCUUUUGGGAAACAAGACAGAGAGACAGGAUGUAAGAAAGUAAAGGUUGUGGCCCUCUUUGCUCCAACUUUCAGUUCCAUUAACAAAAAAGGAGAAGCUUCAUGAUCUCUGCUGAAAGGUCAGGUCUAGGAUUUCUUAUGUCUGUUAAUGUGCUACUUUAAGAGGUUGUCACAAAGCCUUUUGGGGGCGUGCUAUUUUUAGAAGCAAUCACAGUCCAAGUCAUGUCUUUUUUAUCUGUUGUUCAGCUGUUCCAUGUAAACAAGAUUACCAGCAGGGUAUCUGCUUUGCUAAUGUAAAAGGCUCCCUCCAAUUUGUUUUUGUGAUUACUGGGUAUGAUUACAUUUCUGUUUGCCAUUCAGGACAUUCUGCCAAAAGUAGCUACAUGCUAAACAAAAACAUCCUCUGCAUCUGAGCAGCACAACAACAAAGCAGCACCUUGGGUUUUGUGUUUAUGCACAGGAUAAAUGGAAUCAGUCUGGAGGAUUUUUCAGGGCGCAGUGUAAAUAUCGCUCGUUUCAUGUCUUUACUGAGUCAAUCUGACAUCCUACUAAUGUGGGCUGUAUAGAGCUCAAUUCCUAAUAUGGAGUCAAUUCCUUACAGUGAGCAUAUGUGGUUUGUUUUCAGAGGAACUCAACCUAGACAGUGAGUCACAACUGAAAGAGUAAAGAAUGGAGCUCAGAGCAACAAAGGGUCCGUUCACACAAUAACACGCCGUGUUUUUGCUCAAGCAGAGUUGUAUAUCAGGAGUCAGAGAGGCUCAGACCAUCCUUGCGGGUCCACUUAAACAGAUAAACCAAGCCCUCUUCAAACCCUUUGUCUUCUGAAGUUGAGUUAAUGCUGAACAGGAAAAGUGCCAAAAGUCCCCACAAACAAGCCUGCUGUGUGCUCUGUGUGGCGGUGACGUUUAUGUAUGUUCAUGUGUGAGAACGGGAAAUGGCUCUCCCCUGGGCCUCCGAGAAAAGUGGAGUCACGGGGUAAAAAGAAAGGAGCAAGGUGAAAAAGGCAAGGAGAGCAUGAGAAGGAGCGGAGAGCUGCUUGUCUAAUUUCCUCUGAGGUCUGUGUUUGUUUUGACAAUCAGUUGUUGCACAUUCUUGGCUCCACUUGAAUACAUAUUCCUCCACCUGAUGAAGGCAUUGCACCAACAAGAUCCCUCUGUGUUCAGCACGUCUUGCAUCAGUAUGUAGGACCAACCCCAAGGACACAAGGAUGUUUUCUUGAAAGCCAACCCGCUCCAGGAAAAAGAUUUGACGACUCCCUGUUCCUCUCUAAUAACAGAGUAGACUCUGGUGGCUAGCAUAGCGUCAUCGCUCUUACCGCAGAGGAAAAUAUCUGAAUGAGCUGUGCCCUUCUUUUUUUGAACAGCUGUAAUCUCCGAAACUCCGGCCAAACAAAAUGUUGCGUGUGUGUGUCUAUAGGAAAAAAAGCCACAAUCAAUGGCUUUCCUUUCAAAACCCUGUAGAUAGGUUACACCAACACUACAGGGGGGUACAAUUGGCCCUGCGCAAUUAACCGUUCAGAAUUGUCCCCCAAAGUCCUUUUAGCAAGACGGUUUGGAGCCAGGCAGGAGUAAAGCAAUACGUUGGCAACUGAUUCCUUUCUGAAAUGUGAGAACAAAGAGGGCUUUCAGGGGGGUGUUGGGAGCCACAGGCUGAAAAACCACAGCAAGCUGCAGUUCAGCUACAUCACCAGUCUGCAAUUAGGAUUGCUACCUCACUGUGUGUGUGUUUUAGUGUGUGUGUGUGUGUGUGUGUGUGUGUGUGUGUGUGUGUGUGUGUGUGUGUGUGUGUGUGUGUGUGUGUGUGUGUGUGUGUGUGUGUGUGUGUGUGUGUGUGUGUGUGUGUGUGUGUGUGUGUGUGUGUGUGUGUGUGUGUGUGUGUGUGUGUGAGUGAAGCACAGGCCCUGUUCUAUGAUGUCUCUGCUCUUCUUUAUUCCUUUCUUACUCUCUUUAAGGGUUUAGCCAUUAGCCAGGUGAGACCAGAGCCCAUUAGCAGUCGUCUGGUCCAAUCCAUCAGGCCUUUCUCUUUCAUUACCUGUGUGUUUAUCACUUGAGCCAUCACUCUCUGCUCUCACCCUGUGUCAUUUAACAGCUCUUUCACCCAAUCAAGCCCCAAAGGGAAACUUUAAACGCUCCACCAGACCAAAAAAAAAAACAAAAAAACACUCAAUGGAAACAGAUACUGCAGAGCGAACAGACGAUGCAAGACCACUUCAUUCACUUUUAACAGUUGACCAGACAGAGCCAUUACUCUGGGAAGAUUGCAGGGAUUGUUGUUAGCGACACAGCAGAGACUCUUACUCAGCUAAUACACAUCUUAUAUAGAGGGUAAUUUUCAUCCCUCCUCUGUGACAGCAUUUCAUGAGUUUCUUUUUGGGAGUUGCCGAUGCAGGUCAGGUAUCUGCGAGUGCACUAGACAUGACACCAUACCUUGACAUGGUCGCCUUAAAAAAGUCAACUUUAGUUUCCUGUCUACUUUGCACCAAUUUAUCUGCACGGUGUUUAUUCCAGAUUUACCCAGAAUUCUGGAUUUUACAUCUUUAAAGGGUGAGUCUGGAGACUUCAGUUGUCUUUGCAGGUUAGUUUUCAACUCCACCUUAAUUUGCAAACUUUUAAAGGAAAGCAGAGUAUAGGGGUGUAAAGUCCUAAUCAACUGGUCAACUUAUCUGUCGAUAUGUGCUGAGUCUAACAAAAUUCUGAUUGGUCGACUCAAUUUUUUUCUGUGUUAAUUUAUAGUCCAUGGUUAAUUUCAUCUGGAGGAACGUACCAAGUGCUAAUGGGGGUGUUUUCAGAGCACCCCAUUUCACAGGUAACAGCCUGUCUAAGAACAGCCCCCUUAUUUUGACCAUUCUGGAUUCGUUCAACCCACUUGAGACCGGCUGGAGACAGGAAAACUGAAGAGCGUCCACAUUAAUCAACGUCUGGUUGUUUGCUGAAUAUGAAUAUUUUGGCCUUUGUGUUUAAUAGCCUUCUUGUGUUUAUAUCAGGAUAUUUUUACCAUGCCGAGCCACACUCCGCCGAGCUGCGUCGUCCCCUGCCACAGAAGGGUUUUCUGUCAGAGUCGGAAAAAUCUCCAAACCGAUUAGUCGAGUUUUGAUCGAAAAUUUCAGGGUUUUAGCCAACCAAGAAUUUAUUUGGUUGGUUUAAAGCCCUAGCAGAGUGACAUAUUGAGCAUUUGUGUACAUUUACUGUGGUGCCAACAUUCUACAGAGAAGCGAAAUAAGCAUCAAACAACAGUUUAGAUUUGUAGUAAUCGUAAAUAUUUGGGGACAUUUUGAUGAGCAUCAUGGUUUGGCAUGUCUCUGUUUCAAAGGCAGGGUAUGACAUUGCUGAGGUCCACACUUUGGUUAUUAUGUCUUCCUGUAUAACAGUAGGAUAGCAAAACACAUAUUGAGUAAAAAAAAAAAAAAGAAACAGAUACCAGAAAACUACGCAAUAAAGAGAAAUUCUUGCUGAAAAUCCCCCAAAAGACACGAAAUUGAUGAAACAAGGAGCUUAGGAUGCAGAUAAUGUUCCACUAAAACAUAGCUUGUAAGUGAUAUACUUGUGCAGUCAAAAUUGGAUGAGUGCGGCUGUUAUCUGCUUUUCUGUCCUUUGCCACGUAUUAUGGCGGUUCCAUGUAGGCAAUGAAGAACAGGUUCAAGAUAAAAUACCUCAUCAAAGUAGUAAAAGCAACAGUCUGAUUCUGUUAGGAAGUGUAACAUGAGUUGAAGGUAGUAACCUAUUCUCUAUCUUUUCUGCUGACCCAUUUCAAGUUAUUAUUCUAUGGCUGACUGGAACUCAGUCAUAAAGGUUAAUGAAUAUCUAAAGCAGGGAGUGGUGACAUUGGCAGCAUUGGACACUUCAACUGUUUGAUCCGAUUACACGCCAUAAAGAAAGAUACAUAGACCUCUGGUUGUGUUUAAUCCUAACUCUGUGGAUGUCUCUUAAAGUCCAUGCAGUCCUUAUUAAGAAAGAACUGUGUAAGUUUUUGUUAUUCAAAGCUUUGUUUUUCGGGCGUCUCUCCAGAACUUGAGGAUUAUUUUGAAGCUACAUUAAGGCCGGGGAGAGAUGAGGCAGUUUGCAAAUUGUUUUCCAGUGAAACGUGUGUGGUUGUCUGAAGCAGCAGGCAGUCAUAAUGAUUUCCAAAGGGCCUCAUCUGAGGGACCAGCCUGCUGAGUAGAGGACAUCUCUGACUAAUGAGCUGCUAAAUAUAUCCCCCAGUCUCUCCUGUCUUCUGUCGCCUCGACUUCUGUUUUUUCUUUCGUUUCUUAACUGAUUCUUUUUCUUUGCCCACACUUUUUUCUGUUUUGUGCUUCUCGUGUUUUUCUUCUUUAGAUUUACACUGUUGGGCUGUUUCUUGAAAAUUUUGCCAAAGUAUACAUUCCUGUUAAACUCUUUCUUUAAAAUCAGUGUCCUGUCCCCCUCUCUCUUUGUCUGUCUUGUCUCCCCCUCCUUUUCCCUGAACCUCAUCUUUGUUGUGUGUUUUGUAGGCCCACUGUGAUUGCAACAGUGUAGGCUUUACUUUUUUUCAUUACACCGUUAGUCAACAGCGGCAUCCUGUUCAAACAAGUUCAUCAGCUUACACAUAAGGCCGCCAGCGUCCCACAGACUGAUGCCGAAUUUGCCAAUAGUUGAGACAUCAAUGCUGUGACAGACUGUGAGCAAGCAUGUCAGAGCUCAUGACGUGGGUACAGCAUGAGUGGUUCUUGGAAGGGUAACAAAUGAAAUCUUCAUGACAAGUUGAAGGCUUGAGGCUUAUGCAUGCAGCCAUUUUUCUGUAGCUUUUACCAGUCUGCUAGUAGAUGACUGGAAAACUGUUAAGAACUGAUCUUAUUUAAAAAAAAAAAAUCACCCAGAUCUUAAAUGUAGAACAAGGGGAUAGCAAAUAUUAGCAAACAUCAGUGACCAAUAAAGCUGUACUUCCUGUAGCUGUUUCACAAUAAAGCUUUGCUGCUGUGUCUUGGCUCUUUCUGGGAAGCAGCAGCAAUAGCAGUAAAUAUUUGGCUUGCAUUAGCGCUGUCUUCAAACAGUAAUUACAACACUUACCCACAGAAAUGCUUUGGCCAGUCAGCAGCUCCUUAAGUACUCACAGCUGAAUUUUUAGCAGCCUCUUUGACCAACAGUGAAGCAUGGCACGUUCAGACCAAAAAUAGUAAAUCAGAAUCAAUGUGGUUAUCACCUGCUGCAAGGUAUCGACACUUAAAAGCAGUCAGUCAUGCCUGAACUAGUCAGAGCUGUAGCAAAGCACCUGAAAUUUGGUUAUUGUGCUACAACAAGCAAAAGUUGUUAAUCUGUCGAUUCAGCUUGCAGCUGUAGAUCAACGAACUUCGUAUUGUCCAGGUUAUCACGAUAUAGAAGCUGUUCUGAUAUUUUCCAAACAUACAGGGGCUUCAGAUAGUCAGUCUCAGGCAAGAAAGUAAUAAACUUGAUCGGAGUGACUUGCACAUACUGUGCUGAAGGGAAAGGCAGGGCUGUACAUGUGCUAUCCUGCAGCAUGAGUGUUGCUUGCCGUCAUGGGUGGAGGAGGCAUACAGCUGUUUCUCCUUAACAGUGUGCAUUUCAGCAGAAUAAGCUCCAUUAUCGCUGCCUUGUUUAUUUUCUGACUUUUUCUGCCUCCAUAGAGCCUCCCUAUAGGGCUUGUAAACAAGGAGAAGAGGGGUUGACAGUCACCAACUCAUAAUUCUGAGCUGCUCUCUGUCAUCUUUUGAGCCGGUCUGAAUCACAUUUGUCGCUUAAUGAGUCUACAGUGCAGGCCAUAGUUGCUGACUCUGGAGCCUGCGCCUGGAUCUCGCUUAAAGCAUGGUGUCCCUUGUUUCUUGACUCAGCUAGAAAUCAGCUUGCACUGUGACUGCAUCCUUCAUUCUCAGCAGGAUGUUCUAAUUAACACAGAAUAUGUCCUGUCUACCUCCCAUUAUUUCCUGUUUUUGUUUUGUUGUGCCUGUUACCAUCUCUCAGAGCGUAACCAGUCCAUUAGAUGCAGCGUAGAGAUGUUUAGUACCCAGCUGGCUUAGCUCCACUCUAAUGCCCUCUGUCCUUAUUACAUCAUCGGUAAACAGCUCCCGGUAGCAAACAGCAGCCAAACGGCAAAGGUCUCUGUACAGACUACGCAGGAGUCCAUUUGGAUAAUUGUGUCAGGAUUUAUGAGAGGCGUGCAUGUCUCUGUGUUUAUCUGAACCAUAUUAUUUUGCAUAUUGUAUUUGUAUAAGCCUGUACUUUAUAAAUUAAUCUCUGGUUUUAAAAUCAAUUUAGGAAUAAUGACAAAUGGCCAGCACCAAGUAUUAGACCCCUGAAAGAUGUCUCUAAACUGAGAGCCUGCCUGUCCAACAGCCAGAUUGUUCACAUAAUCAAUAAGAAAGUAUGAAAUCUGAGCAUCUCUCAGCAUUCGCACGAAUGCCGACUGCAGAGUUGAGUUUUUUUUUUUUUAAUUCAUCAAUCAUUGAAAGUACAACCAAAAUUGGAUAAGAUGUAUAUUAUUUUGCAAUAUCUAUUCUUUCAUGACAGCUAUCUGUUCUAGCUUGUGUUUACAUAUGUAGGCUGAAGUCAGCAUCAUUAACUGUAGUUUUCAGCUAAGCCUGAGUCACAAAUUUGAAUAUUCAGAACUCAUGAAAAUAAGAUCUUACUGUGUAGUGAGGCAUUAUACGACUGUAGUCAGGAAGAUUUCUUAGCUACACCCCUUAUUUUGAUAUGAAUAGAUUUGUUUCUAUAGUUUCUAUUCUUUUCUGCUUCUCUACACUUUCACUGAAGAGUGGAGGUGAUGUUUCUGUACUCUUUGUGUUGGCAGGAAGCCCAUCAAGGCGUUGGAUGAGUUUCAUAUCUGUGUUUGCGUCUACAAACAGUCUGCUGUGUUGGAGGUCUGGCCAGCAAUAUAAACAGUACUUUGUAUCCAUCUCAUGGUGAUAACAGUCGUUUGUUUGUAACCCUCUGCAUUUCUGUUGGGUUUUUGACUGACUGUGGAAAUGUUUCAGCUGCAGUUAAACCCUAUACCUGAUAUCAAGCACUUUUAAAAAUACUAGAUUUCAGCUGUUUUCUUCUUAUUUAUAACUCUAAACUGCUACUGGCUGUGAUUAUUGUCUCAAAGAAAUGUUCUAUUGUAAGGCUCUUGAAGUUAUGUGGACUUAAUGGACUGUUGCCUUGGAGUUAAGCGUUUUUCUUCGAAUUUUCUUUUCCCACAAAAUGUGUGUUGGCUGUUGCUCAUCCCAGCAUUUCAUAACUACUUUCUGAGAAACAGACAUGCCCUCAGACUCAGAAAAGGGUUUUUCAUACGGUACUUAUCUGAAUAGGCCAUCUUGGAACUAUUGAGUUCUACUAAUGAUACAAUUGAGUUUAGUGGACCUCAGAUUGUUUUCUGCCUUAUACAUGUCAACUAUUAAGAAACUGGCCUGCUGAUCACAAUAUGUGGUUUUGAAUACACAGUAUUGUAUGAACUGAAAUACAGUGUACGCCUGCUGUUGGUUUAUUUUUUUUGUGCUCAUAUUUUCAUAUGCUUGUUAUUUUGUUCACUGGGAACAGCUGUGGCUUAAUCCAGAGCAAACACUGAAUGAGAAAAGCAUAAGCACCCUUUGAAAGUUAAAAGAUGUAUGUCUGUAGAAAGAUAGAGCAGUGUGGGGCAUAUUACUGUGUUCACCUUUGCAUACAAAACACUAUUGGUGUAACUUUUUAAUGGAUUGGGUAGGGAUGGGCGAUAAAUUAAUAUUCACCAUUUAUCAUCAGAAAAUUCCUCCACGAUAAAUAAUUGCCAUCUCACGAUAAAUGCUAUAAAUGCAAGUUGAUAAUGUAAGCGUGAGUGAUGGACCACACAGAUCAGAAUAACAAACAAACAUGGCAGAAGGUAAUGAAGAAAAGUUUUCUGAGUAGCUUGUUACUGAAUGAGGCUCCACAUGAGGGAUUUCCUCCAAGAUUGGGGUUUAGAUGAGUGCUAACAGGUAUGUCUGACAUCGGACAGUGGAUCUGCGACUGUUCACUCUGUGCAAUAAGAGUUUUCAAUAAAUGUUGAAAAUGUUUUCACAUUUCAGACUUGUUUGAUGUCACUAGUUGUGGUUAAGUAUCUUAUUUGACUAUGCCAACCGGUAAGUGCCAUUCAAGAACAAUGAUUGUGGUGCCCUCAAGACACAAUAAGUCAAAAAUAUCGAUAGGAGUUAUAAUUUUUUGGGGGGACUUUCAUUGUUAUCACCAGAAUGGCAAGACUUAUUGUGAUAUUUUUUUUAGCCUUUAUCCCCCAUCCCUAGAUUGGAGUAUACCUGUUUGUCACCCAUGCAUUUGGCACCAGAACAAACAGUCAGUUACAUUUGUUAUAAAAAAUUUUUCAUAGUAGCGUAAAAUGCUGGGCAUAUGUUGUGUCUCAGCUACAGUGCAGCAACAUGCUACAAGCCAAUGAACCCAAUCCAGGUGAAGUGUAACCAGUACAAUGAUCAUUUCAGGACAUCCCUAGUAAGGAGAUUGAUAAUGUUAGCAUAAGGUUGUUGUGUAAUUUUAAAUGUCAGAAAUCUGCAACAACUUGAAUAAACAGUCAGCUGGCACUCGAACCCACCUGUGGUAUGUUAUUGUGACGCCACUUAAUGUAGCGUUCACUUGACUAGAAAGUGCUGCACAGCAAAAUACAAUGUGAUUCAUUGAUUGAACAAACGACAUUCCACUCUCUCGUCAGUGAAGUCUGCCUGUGUGGAGACGAUAUGUGCUUGGUACCAUUUGUUCACCCACUCGGUUGCUUGCUAAAGCAGUUGCUCCAUCAAAGGUCAGCUGGACUUCAUUAGGCUGAUGAUAUACACAAGUGCUUUCACAGUCGCUGUUGUUAGGGCAUAGCUGAAUCAUUUGAGAUGUAAAUAUGUUAUUUUCAGAAUUUACUGCAUCUUUUCUCAUGACGAUACAUGAAAAAAAUUCUGUAAACAUAUCCCAGAAAUAGACGAUAAUUUUGCAGUCUUCCUUUUUUUCUGCUCUGUUUUAAGUCUAUUCCCUUCGAGCUGUGGUGUUGUCUAAAGGACAGAACGUUCUGUGCUUUGACAGAGGACCUGGUCACCAAACUGCUCAGAUUGUUAGUUAAAAUAAAAGUAAAGUCAGCUUUACAUCAGAGGUCAUAUAACUGUUUUAUCCCUACAGAUUUGAAAUGAUCUCACCUUAGAAAGACUACAAACAUGUUUCUGUAUGAGCCCCCCCUGUAAGCAGUGUUGGGAUUAUCCCCCUGACUUUCACCUUCAACAAAUGUCCCAGGCUCAGCCCUCAUACCUCUGUUGGCUUGCAAGUCCAGGCUGCUGAAACAUGAUCAGCCCACAGAUGCAUUGACAGUUUUUUGGGGAGGGGUGUUGUGUGUGUAUGUCUGAACACAUGCACGUGUAUGUAGGAGGGGUCCCACACACUCUUUUGUUUUGCUCUGAAAGCUGAGGAGGAGGAAUGUCUGCCUCCCAGCUGUCCUCAGCAGUGAUGGUAGAGAAAAAAGGGGGAGCUCACUAUUCGCCUUCGCUAACAUCCACCCAUCUGUUACACCGGGACAGAGUGUGUGUAUGUGUGUGUGUGUUUGUGUGUAUAUGCUUGUAUCUCGGGGUUAGAAAGAGGGUCACACAAUGGGGCUCCCCCUCGCCCUCACCCACUUUGGCCUCCCAUGCAUAUUUAACCCUUCAAAUGCAAAGUUGUCUGUUGUCCUAUUCAGAGGCACGCUGCUUAAAUCUGCCACCGUGCCCCCUCCCUCAGUUACCAGGAACAAUAGGGUGUAAUGGCAGCACACGUGGCUUGCUAAAUGCAUUUCAACACUAAGGGGGGGAGACUGGGGAUGUAUCGGUGUGUUUGUAGACUUCCCUCACUCUUGUCGUGUGUGUGUGUGUGUGUGUGUAACAUGAGUGUUUGCUUUUGUGUGACGCAGCUGCAGGAAGAGAUGAAAUGAGUUGACGACUGAGUUCUCUGGAAAUUCUCCUUUUGGAAACCCACAGCUGUCUGACUCAUGUCUUCUGGCCAGUUUCCUGUUUAUUGAAGAAAUAACACUGAGGAUUUUAGAAGCUGUGUACAACAUGGACACUAGCUGGCCUUUUAUCGGUGCGCUUGUUUGUGUGUGUGUGUGUGUGCAUGGUAGGGCUACCCACUCACAGAUGACUAAUUCAAGCAUGAGAGGGCAGGAUCCUCAGUUAGAGAAAUUGCUUGUGUUUUUUAGUGGCAAAUGUCCUCAGCGCAGCGUGGGAGUCACAAGAGGUCAGACUGUGAACCUCAGAAGCUGCAUUUCCACCAAGCAAUCUGGUUUGGUGUGGUAUGACAGGGCACAAAGAUGGGUGACCACACCAGACCACUUGCUGAAAACAUGCUUAAAGAUUCUUGAUAUGACCCUGUGGCGUUCAACAUUAUUUAUCCAUAGUCUCAACCUUGAAAACAAAUAGACCAGACCAUGACAAAAUAAUGGUUUGAAUGCAGGGCAAAGCAGCAAAAAAUGAAAGAUUUUAAUAUUCUGUUCUUGUCAAAUAGCUACAAGGGCUGUUAGCCAAGCAACUGCUAAUAUUGACUCGCUAGCUGACAUAAAUAAUUUUAAAAAGUCAUUUUCAUGAAUAUAAAAAAAUCUUAUUUGUGCUUUAAGCAGCAAAAAACAGUUAACUUCUUAUUGAACAAUCAGAUUGUGUCUGACUCACCAGUUCUGAGUGGCUUAAAUCUCUGCUGUUUUGUAACAAAAUAAGUGCCACAUGUCCGAUUUCUAACCGUUGAGCAAAACAAAGCUCCUUGUUAAUCGGAGCACAUUGAGACUCUUGCAACCUACAUUUACACAGAGAGUUAGCUGUCCCCGUAUACCAGACUGUGCUAAAGCUUUAGUAAAACUGUGCUGGCACCUUCCUCGCUCUGCCUCCCUGCUUCACCCUCAUCCACCUCUGUCCUCUAUUCCACCUCACCCAGGUUCUUCCUCAGUCUGCCCCCAGAGGCCCUGCAGAGCUAACAACAAUGCUUUCUUUCUUUUUUUCCCUCUUAUAAUUUGGUUUCACACUUAAAGGUAUCAGUUUUGAUCUGCAUUCUGUCUCGCUGCAGUGAUACAAGUCCAGUUUUAUGAGCAUUUUUUUUUCUUUCCCAUACCCUUUACCCUCAUAGACAAACUGCUUUAGAUCUCUUACAGUCAGCACUCAGCUGUUGAGAUAAUAUGAAAGCAGAAAUGAGUUGGAAUAUAUCUGUGUGUGUGUGUGUGUGUGUGUGUGUGUGUGUGUGUGUGUGUGUGUGUGUGUGUGUGUGUGUGUGUGCGUGCGUGCGUGCGUGUGUGUAGCAUGACGACUUUUCACCUGCUCAGUAUAACAUGACCCCAGUAGUAUCACUCACCCAGACAUCAAGCAUCCCAUGUUACGGUCCCGUGUCACCCACCCAGGCUAGCAUGCAUAGUUUUGUCACUGCAUAACUGUGAGGUGUCUCGCACUGACAUUACUGAUGGGCUUUCAGGCCCUGUGAGAAAGAAUGAAAGUGAGUGCAGGAAGCUUAGUCUGAACUCAAAUUGGAUCUCCAAAUAUAGCCACAAAACUUGAAGUGAUUUCUUUAUCAAGUUUCCAAAUGAUGUUUGAAAGUUUCACAUUUGCUGUUAUUGUUGAUACAUGAGACUGGAAAUGCAGAACAAUAAAUAAUAGAUAAACCAAGUGGCUGCUGACCCAUGCUUAUCAAAUAUGUGGGUGUUUUGAUAUGUUAUUGUACUGAUAGGAGUUUGGGUUUUGUCACUUUCUGGUCUAGGGUCUUGGGAUGAAGAUUCUACAUCCAGAGAGUCAGGUCCCGGGACAUUUUGUUCUGGUUGUUACUCUACAUUUUGAGAAAGCCUCUCUAGUUCUUACAGUGUGAAUCAGUGUUUGUCUGCACUGUACAAUACUUGAAUAACAACAGCUUGGCAUGAAAACCAAGUGGAUUAAAUGGAGAGAUGUUGGAACAAAGCAUUCAAAACACCCUCUGCCCAAAACUGACAGUAAAUCAUCAAAAAACAACAACAGAGGAUCUGAGGAGAGGCACACAGGGGAACAAAAACAUAUUUACUGAGGCAAAGAAGAGCAUCAUCAUCCCCUUGGUCUUUAGCUUAAUCCAACACACAACCCCCCUUUAGCAUACAUUCACCCACACACAAAUUCCCCCCGCUCCUUGACACUGAUGAGCAGACAAACACUCAAGCUGGAAAACACACCCUCUUUUAUGGCCUAUUGUUUCAUACUGUAGAGAGCCCAAACAGCUGGCUGCAGAAGUCAUCAGUAUCUGAUCUGCUUUAGAGCGCUCCCAGCUUGUAAUAGAGGAUAAUUAGAAUUUUAAUUUGCCUGGGCAAAGGCGGCUCAAACCCCCUUGUUUUUCCCUCCCCACCACCAGUGUUAUCCUCAAUCCUCCCCCCUCCCAGUUCCCAGCGGGCCAGCACCGUCGGUAACAGAUGGGGAAAGGGAGAUAUUCACAGCCAAGCAGGCACUUCAGAGUAAGGCAGGGGAUUUUAACGCCCCCCAUGGCCUGAGUCUCCUCCGGCACAGCCUUAAGGCGGCGGAUGUUGGGAUUAGCAAUCAGCCUCAUGGGCGCUCUGUCCUGGCCCAGUACUCCCACUCUGUCGAGUAUUCUUGCGACCUUUCAGCAAUUAAGCCUUUUGAUCAGCUUACAGUUGUGUGCCCAGAGGGUUUUUUAUGGUUUAACCUUUUCAUAUGACCACUUUAACACCUUAUGGUGAAUAACAAAGCUUAAGCACCAUUCAUGUCCUUGGCAAACCCGGAAUUAUCUCUAAUACGUCUUUGUACUCAUGCAGUGGUGAAUUUUGUAACUCAUAUUAAGUGUAUUGUUCUCACCCCUUUUCCCCCUGGUUUUCACAAGGCACUUGUGACUCUGCUUUAGUCGUUAUUGUUUUCGCCAUCCCUGAAAAAAGCCUGUCCUCUUGAGCAAACCCUUAACGUCAGACCGGUGGGAGAACAGCUUGUGUUAAACUGUGACUCAUUCCCUUCCUCAUGAGCACAAAACAUGUCGUUCUGACAUCCAUUCUGGCAUUGCUCUGUACUUUUAUCAGUUUUUUUUCCCUCCGUGUGUGUUUUCAAAGCCAAUAUUCUGUCUUGGCUGAGAGGGCGAUGGUGGAAAAGGGAGGGACAGCAAGGUUAUAUAUCUGAGGCUUUCCUCUAUCUCUGGAUACUGAACCAGUGUUUGCUCCUUCUUUAGACAGAGUCUCUGGAGUUGUGCUAGCCCAGCCCACAGUGUGGUAUGUACUGUGGCUGACGGCUGCCUCCUCUUCCCAUUGUUGCUGUACAGAGCCUCUCCCUUGCACACAGAACCAGUGGACAACCUGCCAGGACAUGUCUCUUUUUGGCGUGUAAUCGCUCAGGGCCACAGGGUUCCAUAAUGCUGAUGUUUUGGUUUUUUUGGGGUUUUUUUUUUGCGCUCUCUUCAUUUCUUUCUCCUUCUCCCCUCCCCCUUCUUUUCUCUAUGCUUCUUUAUCUAAUGGUGAAUACCUUUUUCUGACAGCCUUACUCUCUCUUUUAAAACCCGCCUUACUACUUUUUAACCUUGUCCUCAUCUGUCCUGGCAAUUCAGAGAAGCAGAGCUUGUUUUUCAAGUUGAAUAUAUUUUCAUAUUUUCUUGGUGGGCACUUAGCUCCUUUGACAAGUUUAAUCUCAUGGGACUUCUCGAAGUUAAAAGCAGAAAUCUUCACUCCUCGAAGUUUGGCACCCACUUUUAGACAUUUCUUUGCCUUUUAUGUUUAAUCUUCAUGUGAAUUGAAAAGCUGUUGUGAGUUCCACUAUCAGGGAGUUUGGUGCAUGUCAUUUGUAUGAAUUUGGAACAAGCAAUGAAGAUUUGGAACCAUUUAUUGUUAUUUUGAACAAACUAUCACUCAUUCUAUAGGCACAGUUUAAUUGUGUCCUUAUAAGAGUAAGGAAACAUCGGGGAAAACAUCAUUAGUUUACUUGUUAUGUCCACCAUGCAUAUAAAUGUUCAGUCAGCAAUUGUAUGUCAAAGUCAUCUAUAGAUAUCAUGUUUAACUUUGGACUCAAAGGAUAUUCCAGGUUUGUUUGUUUGUUUUUUCCCCAGAGGUGAUAUUGUGCUUUUUUCAUAUUUUACAAAUAUUGAGUUGAAAUUUUGGAUGUCAAUCGUAAAGAGAGGCAAAGUUUUAAAUUGUGAGGUAAAUAUGGAUUGGAGUAAUCUUAGGAUGAGACUGCAUGCUGCUCUGAACAGCUUGUUCUAAAAGUUAUAUGAGAAUUAAGCCCAAUCCUUAGGAGAUUUGCUCAAUUCAGGACAUCACCAAUUGGUGAGCCUCCAUAAAAGGGCAAUAUAAACACGACACAUACCUUUUCUUUGUUGCUGCAGAUUUUUAAAGUCUCUAUCCAAACUAUUCAGGUUUGGUUUUUGCUUUCAAAAUAUACACCAAUAUAUUUUCUUUUUAUUGAUUAUUUAAAAAGAAAAACACCAGAUAAUUUAAUGGCGACAGUUUUGUAGCAUAGCAACAUUGGAGGAAGCUUCCAGAGUACUUGUCCCUGGAGUUCUGUAUGUGUUUGUUUUGAAAGACACCAAACUAAGAGAAGUGAGGAAUCUUUUAAGCUAUAAAACAUAUAAAGCAACAACAAAGUUAUUAAAAACACAGUUAAAGUCUGAAACACAUGUAAUACCCCCUCUUAAAAAAAUCAUUAGAAAGGUUUGUUUCUCUUUACUGAAUCAGAGGUUCUUUCUUCUAUGCUGCUGUGAGCUAUGAACAGGAUGAUCAGUUUCUGUGUCAUUACUGCUGCUAAAUGUGAAAAGGACAUGAUUCUCAUGAUCUCUGUAUCUGGUACAAUGACUGAUAGACUCAGUUGAACUGGUAAACUGAGCUCUUACAUGUUCUGUGGUGUUGUACCUCGGACUAAAACAAGGAUGUUUGGAAACCUCUGCUGUAAGAAGAGGCUGGCAUCAUAAGCUUUCUCUGCCAAGUCAACACAGUUUUUGUGGCAGCUUUGAAUGAACCACUAGUAUAAAAAUGGACGUUUUACUGGCUUCAUGGUUCAUCCAGUCUAACCUCACUGCAGUGACCCCUUUGACCAAAUCUGUCCUCUACAAUUAACUCCCGGCUGGGUUAACCCUCACAUAGUAAUGAUUUCAUUGCGCUUUGUCAUCUUACCCAAUUCUAAUGCAAGGCACCUCUAUGUACUUAAAUCAGUAUGAAAAACACCAGCUUUGUUGGACCUAAAACUAGCAUGUCUUAUUGUGUAUUUAAAACAUCACUACAGGUUUAAACCUGGCCUUGCUUUGUGUUUAAGACAGAUUGUAUUGUUUAUUGACCCCACUCCAGCUGAACGUCAUCAGCAUGUCCUUCCUCUGAGUGUAUUUACAGCAGUGUACACACUGUACAUUAAGUGCACUGACCGAAUUCCUGUAGACUUCUGUUUGGACAAAGCUUUAUUUUCAGUCAUUUUCUGGACUAUAUUUAAAUUAAGGGCACAAGAAUACAGCUACCUACAGGUUUAAAUUGAAAUAGGUUCAAAUACUCAAACAUGAACUUAUCUAGAAUCUGUUAAACCCCUCCACAAAAGAAAGAAUCUGUCUUCAGCAGUUAUAUUGAUGGCUAUGCGCACCACAAAAGACCAACACCGUAACUGCUGGGUUGAGGCUAUUUUCCUAAACUGCCCCCUAAGGCCUUUUUUGUCCCCUGCUGCCUCCCAGCCCAGGGUCAUCAAUUCAUCACCUUUAGCACCUCCAUUAGCACCAUCUCCCCCUCAGAGAGCCUUUAGCUGCCCUGGAGCAACCAGCCUAACAACUGCUCAGGUCAGAGUGUCAAAUGGCAUCCUGAAAUGUGCGUGUGCAGAUAGUGUUUCAGCAUGUUAGAGAAGAAGCAGAAGUGUGAAUGAGUGAGAACACAAGCCCUUCUUAUGUUGCAUCAUACUAAACAAACCAUCAGCUUGUGUUUCAUAUGACUCUUUGAUUCGCCAAACUGCUGCGUCAUGGUUUCAUUCACUGUUGUUCAGAUAAACGUGCAUGUGGAGGUUAUUAUUAUCAUCAUUAUCAUAAUUGAUUUUGAUAACAAUCCCUCUAAAAAGCUUGUGCCAUGCCAUUUGUUGACACUUAAAUUAUUGUCUGGCCAAGUUACAGCCAUCACUAUGGUUGUUUGAGGGAAAUUUUAAGCAAACAUUGCACCUCUUUUCUAGCUCUAGCUUCUCAUUUCGAAUCUACAGAAGCAUUUUGCAUUCACCAAGAAAAAAAGUGUUUUUUCAGAGUAAUUUUUUUCUGUUUUGUUCUUCAAAUGUUUUUUUUUUUUUUUCUCUUUUUCAGACAUUUUUUUUGUUUUGUUUUGUUUUUCAGACUUCUUGUUUUUCCUAUUCUCCCAAGGAUUGUGAUCAUUUAAAAACAGACGCUUUUAUCCCCCUCUGCUGGAUUUAUUGGAAGCAAACAUGGCCCAGUUGCUUAGCGUAAUCAAGUUUUACUUUCUUUGGGGUUUGAGACAUUGAGAGAUACUUCUUUCUUUGAGUCAGAUAGAUUGAAUUGUCACAGGUCUGCCUCAGGAUUUACAUACCCUAUGUUGAACUAAUAACACGCUUUACUCUCAUUGAUCCUUUCGUCAAAGUUAUCUCGGAGUUUGAAUCUUCUGAUUAAGAGCUGCAGUCGUUAAUGUUGUCUGAUUGUAUGAGAUUCUCGCAGGAUUUUGAAGUUUCUCGCUUAGUUAGGGAAAAAAUAGUCUGAAAAACAGAAACACAAAAAUAGUACGCUUCUGUAAAAAUGUGUUUACUUUUUUUUGUUUGUUUGUUUGUUUUAUUUUUUAUUUUUAUUUGGCGGGGGGACCAGUACUGGUCAUAAUGUUAGCGCCACUUGUGCCAUAAAGUCUCGACUUUCAUGUCAUUCGAUAAGGACAAUACAUUUCAAUGAAUAUUUUAAUCCAAGUGUCAGCUUGCUGAUUUUCAGCUCUAUACCUCAGGCCAGAUGUUUUCAAACCAAUUAGGUGAAGAAGCAUCAGCAGCAGUGAGCAGUGUUCUCACUUCUUGAGCACACUCACCAAAUCUGUCCCCAGCUGGAUUCAAUAACACAACCUUUGGUAUCACACGACUUAGUCCUGGGACUGCUUUUGUUUGUGGGUGUUGACUUUGUUUCUGUGAGCUUGUGUGGGUGUGUGUGUGUGUGUGUGUGUGUGUGUGUGUGUGUGUGUGUGUGUGUGUGUGUGUGUGUGUGUGUGUUUGGGUGAGUAGUAGACUCUCGCACAUUUGAGUGUUUGCAUUUAAUCUUGUGCUGCCAGCUUAGAGGGACGUUUCUCUUCAGAGAUUAGAGGAUGUUAGAGGCGCUGCUGUGGAAAUAGUCUCUCUUUCCAUCUCUAAAUACACACACACACACAGGCGAGACAAAGUGUCUGUUUGCAGUAUUGGUUAGUGUGUGUGUGUGUGUGUGUGUGUUUAUGUCAAGCGAGUGAUAAGACCCUGCAAUAGAGUGUGGCUAAUAUGUUUUAUAAACACUCUGACCAAGGAUUAAAGAAUGAGCCAUGUAGUUAUUAGUUUUGAUGAAGGCAUUAAUAAUGUGCGCUCUUGUGGGUAUGUUCAAAUGGACUUAUAUCUGUGUGUUGUUACUGUAAAAAAUCACUGGGCUCUGGAUAAUGUCAUAAUGAAUGAAAAAGAUCAAAUGUACAGAUAAAACCCUGAAAAUCCUCCUCCUAUUAUGAUAGAUUAAAUUAUCUUUCAUGGCCCAGAUGGGUUUUAGCUAAGUGUUUAUUGUGUUGGAAGCAAUUCCAGUGAAACCAAGCCUGAAAGUCUUGCAUAACAACUUCACAGAUGAGCCAGAUCAGUAGUAAUAAAGUUAGUAUGUCUGAGUUGCUGGUUAGCACAAGCCAGUGUUCAAAAUCAGUCGAAACAAAGCCCGCCUCCUGCUGUCACGCCUGCGUUUACACAGGUGCUCUGAUGUUUUGUCAGACUUGCUGGAUUUAGGUUAUCUGCUCUGGCCAGAUUGCUCUACCGAAUCUGUGUAUAUUUAAACAUGAACGUCUGUGAGUUUGAGUAGACAGUUUUCAGAGCUGUGGGAGUGAAGAACGACUUCAGAUAAUUAACCCUCGAACUUCCACAAAGCACACUUAGACUCAAAGAGCUGGUGUGACGCUGCAGCGUCACAGAGCGAGCACAGGAAGAUGGAUCAAAGCACAAUUAACACAAGGUCUCUGCCUCAUCUUGUCCUCAUUGGCUGGCUCAGAGUUUCAAGUCUGUCAUUACAGAUAAUUAAAUGAGUCUCCCUAAAGAUCCGUGUCAUUACUAGACAGACUAAACACUGACGUGGGAUGUAGACAGAUAAUCGAGAGAAAUGAGAGCUAUAUGAAGCUCCUGGAGAUAUUUUAAUCCACUGUGAGCGCUUCGGACAUUCCCUCUACUGCACAGCGUUGUUGUCUCAAACAAAGCCUGUCAUGUUGAGACACUGCUUCACCCAUGCUUGUGUAAAAUGCAGCCUAGUUCCAAGUAACAAUACCUCAGAGCUUUAAUUAUCAGCUCAACCUGUCAACUUGACAGAGUCUCCCUGCGAAAAGUUGUUUGACCCUGUGGCAGCUGCCUGCAGAGGAAAACCAGCCGGCAGUUUAUGUGAGCGUAAUGAUGGAACAGCACAAUAUUGCAGCAACAACACAUUAAUGUAAUACUAAACUUAACAGUCACGGUGAAAGUAUUACAAAUAGCACCAUCCAGUCUUGUGAUUGAGCCAUAAAAAGCAGCAUUAUUUAGUGUAAAGACUUUGUUUAUUUGACAUUAUAUUGGUACAGAGGUUCAGGCUGCAUGUGAAACAGAUUGUUCUCUCUACUCCGCCAGGCUUUUAAUACUUGUAAAUGCUUGCAUAAAUUGAAAUUAAAAGGCUGCAUAAUCCAUCUACAGGUACUCUCUAACUCUUGCUGUAUUUACUUACUUCCAUUAUUAUAACCUUUUGUUCUUAAAAUAUGGUCCAGGAUACGAGCCUGGCUGCUGAGAGUUCCUUACAUAAGCAGUACCUGCUCAUAAGUCCUGCCUUGAGCCCAAGGACAAGCUCUAUAUCUUACUUUUGCCCUGUUCCAGAAGCAAAAUUUAAGGGCAGCCAACUAAUUCUUAUUCUCUUCACUUGUCUCUGUGUCUGCAGGUUGUGCGAGGCCACCCGGCGUACAGCACGGAGACCUGCUGAACCAGACGCAAGCCAACCGGGGCUCGUUUCCCCCUGGCACCCUGCUGACUUACGGCUGUGAGCAGGGCUACACUGCAGAUGGGCCCACGAGCAUCAUUUGUACCAGCUCUGGAGCCUGGUCCCAUCAGCCUCCGAACUGCGUCAGAAGCAGCAGUGAGUGACAUUCAAACAUGCACAACAAAGAGCAGGAGUUUUUCCUCUCCUGCUGUAAGGUCUUACCACAUCUUAAAGGGUCUCAUGAUUUAAUUAGCAGCUCUAUGGAAAAUUCAUUCAAACUAGAUGAUUUUCUUUACUAUAUAACUUUUAUUACUAAAUCCAUUUUACAGUCAAAGCCUUUGGAGCAUAGUUUGAGAUUGAGCUUUGCACUUCCACAAACUGCAUCAUGAGACCAAUAGUGAAAAGUUUCGUCUAAAAUCUGAUGUUUUGAAUGCCCAGGAAUCAAACCUGACUGCUGGGAGUAAUUCUUUUCCCUUUUCACAACCAUCGAAGCAGUUUUACAAAUCGCUGUCCUCUCUUUCCAGUUUGUUCGCCCCCCACUGAACCAGAGAAUGGGGGAUACCGCUGUCACCCAUCUCCCUGUCACAGCCUCACCCAGAAGACUGUCAUCGAGUACUUCUGCGACGAGGGCUACGCUCUGAAGGGAGACUACAAAUUCCUCACCUGCCAGAACGGCGAGUGGGACGGUCCCAUGCAGAUUAGCUGCCGGCUCACACAAGGUCCGACACCGUAACUAACUCUGACUUUACUGACCACAUCUCUUAUGCAAAAUGUGAAGUCUGUGAACCACAUGACUCACCUCCUUUUCACCUUCUUCUCUGUGUCCCUCAGACAAGGAGCCCAGCUCACCUCUGGGUAUACCAGCUCUGUCUAUCGUGGCAUCCACAGCCAGCUCUGUGGCUCUUAUCCUCCUUUUAGUGGUGCUGUUUGUUCUUGUACAACCUAAACUCAAGUCCUUCCACCAUAGCAGGUAAAACACACACGCACGCACGCACACAUGCAUGCACACCAAUAAACUUAUCUUGUAAUUUUGGGUAUAAUAUUGAUCAUGAAUCCAAAAAAUAACACAAGAGCUUGUGCCCCGGUGGAGUGCUUAUACAUUGACCAUUUUUACUUUCUUAUUUAUAUUUAAGCUGUUUUUAUUCACAGCUGUAGGUUAUCAUAACAGGAAGUGCAUAUGUCAUUUCAAAAUAAAAGCUUGUUUUUACUUGAUAGGAUAGAUUGGAUUUACAAGAUGUAUCUCCAGCUUUGUCUUUCCUCUUCUUAAUUUAACUGAUUGUUGUUAUUUUUCCACUUAUUUUUUAAAGUUUUCCACAAAUACUGCGAUAAAGUCACUAUCGAUAAUUUUUGACUAUGAAAACCCUUAGCUUAAAAUGUGAUUUUAUGAAAGUCCAUGUAAAACAUGAACAUUGCAGGAAAAUAGAGUCUAUUAUGUGCUCAGCCUAUCAGCAGUUAGCAGCUUAAACAAGACGAGGAAAUUAGAUGCUGACCAACAUGUUUUAGGAGCAAAGGCUGAAAGUUAUUUGAAGAAUGAAGUAGCUGCUAUCUUGAUAUAAACAUGCACUCUUUCUGUCUGUUACAUAGUCGGGUAUGAAAAGCCUUGAGCGGCUGUUUACAGCAUGAAAUUCAACUGUCUGAAGGGCUGGACCAGCCUGCACAGUUGCAUUGUUAAAUGAAGAAAAGUCUUUGCAGUGAGACUGAGGAAAGAACUGUGUAAGAACCCUGCCUGUAUAAUAUCUCUGACCCUUUGAAUUUCUCAUACUGCCUGCCUGAAAACAUGCCAUUGUACAGUUGUUCAAGGGAAGCUGCCACUUCCCCAGAUGGCUUAAAAAUAAAAUAGUCCUGUGUUAUGUUUUCACAGACAUUGAAACCACAUCCACUCUCAGUUGUUGUCAUAAAGAUGUGCAUAUGCUUCUACCCCUGUGUUACUUACAGUGCAUUUUCAUUUCUUCUUAGCUUUACAUAAGACAGUGAAAAGGAAUUUAACAUAAGCUCUUUGUUACUAACACAAACUAUGGUUGGCAGAAACUCUUCAAGUGCUCGUUCUGCCUGUUUUCAAAGAACACUGCCUAUUUUUUUCUUUUUUUGUUGUUCUGAGCUGUUAAACCACCACCCUGUUCUUCACAAAGUGACAUGGCAGAGUCUGCUGGAGUCAUUUCCCUGUAUACACCUCACGGGUUUUUAUUGAAACUGGUUUACAAACAAGUUGUUCCCGUAAGAGGAACACCCAGCAAACGAUCUUCAAAGCUGUCCGGUUUAGAUUACUGAGAACAGAAAGUAAAAGUAAGACACAGAAGGCACUGAGUGAUAAAAAGCCACAGUGAUCUGAUCUAAUGCUCAUUGGCACUCUGGUUGAUUGCGUGGCGGGUCUUAGGGCUUACUGCUGCCUGCUAUAAAGGGUGCAGUCAACGCUAAUCACCUCCUGUCAGAGGUUAUGCUGCAGCACGCGGCACAUAUGACUGCAACAUGACUCUAAACCUGAGCCUGCAGUUCUGAUUCGCCCUGUCAACAUGAGCCUCACUCUUUUUUUGUCUCUCUCUCUCUAUCAGGAGGGAGCAGGGGGUCUCAGGCCAGUCCAGCUCCAUCAUGGUGGAAGGCGUCCAGGUGACACUGCCCUCAUACGAAGAAGCCGUUUAUGGAAGCGGUGGCCCCUGCGGUGCCUCCGGUCCUCCUCCUUCGCCGCCACCUCCCCCAGCUCCUCCAGAGACUCGGGUCCCCAUUGUGCUCUCUGAAGGUCUUCCUCAGGGAGCCACAGGAGGCCAAGGUCCCGAAAGAACCCGUCACCACAGAGACUUAGACUUCUGUCUCCCAUCCACAUCCUCUUCAUCGUCCUACUCCUCCCGCCGCCAUGCGGAGACGGUGCUGGUUCAUCAGGCCCCCUCCUCCUCCUCCUCCUCCUCUUCAUCAUCAUGGGCCAGAGAGCACCCUGGGGGUGCAUGCGCAGGCCCCCUACCUCUUCGAAGAGACUCUGAGAGCAGCGACCAGCACAGUCUGCUCUCUGUCACCUCUGCAGAUGACUUUUCUGACGGUAAGACGCUUGUACAUAAAGGCGAAGCAUUAAGUGUUUCCUUCAAGGAAACUGUUUAUUUUCAGGAAAUCAAACAGAGAUAAAUCAAAUAGUUGAAAACUCAAUUUCAUAAUAUUUACCAUCCCAACAUCUUUAGCAGUCACAGAAAGCAAACAUUUGCUGAUUUAUCUCCCCAGCUCUGAAAAUAAGACGCUCAGAGUCACUCAAAACUUUUUACUCAGUCGCCAAGGACAAGUGAAGACACAGCGCACCACUCAAGAAGAAAUAAAUUCAAACACAUCUGUAUUUUCUCAAAAACAAUCAGUCACUCGGUUGUCAGUGCCAUUUAGAUUCAAGUACUACUCAAGACAUCUGGCAUAGAAAGCAAGUUCGAAGCUCACUUCCCCCUUAUUGGGUUAGGUUCAUAUUUAAUCCUAAUAUACUCCCAACAGUUUAGUAAUUCCACCUUAAUGCUUUGAUUUCCAAUGUUUCAAGAGCUUAAGUGUUGCAACACUCCUGGAUUUUUGGGGAGAUAUAGCAUCACAAGAAGCCAAUUAGCAGCCUGAACCAGUCAAUAGGCAACAAAAGCCCCUCUCAGACAUGCACAACAUUUCCUGAAACCAGACUGAGCUGCAUGAAAACAAACAAUUUAACUUUUCAUCCCAAACAGAAUGGCUUUUAUUUCACACCAUAAUUUUAAUCUUCAUUUGUAUUGUCAGAGGAAAAGGAGCGUGUUUUAAUACUCUACUACACAAUCCUUUAGUGAGAUUUCAUGAUAAGUGUUCAUUUAUUGACCGAUAUCCUUAAUGAAAUAAUACUCCCACUGAUGACAAGAACCCAGGAUUCUGGCUCUACAUACACACUGAGCUGUUAAGCGGCACAUCUGAACAGGACAAAACCCUUAAAAAGACAAAACAUUAGGUUGACUAAAAGAUAUGGAAGAGUGAAAGUUAAAGAUCAGCAUUCUUGAUCCCAGACAAGAUUGCUGUGAAACGCUACAUCAACGUCAGGUACAUUUCCAAGGCAGAGCUCCUGAUAUUUUCUAGAAAUAUUCUGCAGUGUUUUUCUGACAACAGCUAAGCGCAAGGUUUUAGAAAAGGCAAAAGCAAUGACUUCUCAUGACUUAAACAAGAGCAAAAUCCUUUAAAGUUGAAUUGUUUUUGGUGAUGUAAUGGAUUGCAUGACUCUGCGGUGGGUAGCCAGCUGACCCCUGAACCUGGGUUCUAUUCUAAUCUGUCUGCUCUGUCUCCCUGCAGAUAUUCCCCUGCUGAAGGAAGCAUGAAGCCUGCCAGCCUCCCAUCAGCAUCAGCAGCAGAGGCCCCUGUUUCCCUGAUCUCUCACUGCUGACCAGGACUGACUGUGGCUGUCAACCCACUUCCCUUGACUCCCUUCAGCAGAGAAAAGACUAGAACUAUGCUCACCCCCCUCCCCCUCCAUCCCCCCACCUCCCAUGCAAUGCAACCUCUUCUGCCAUCGCUGCCCGUGCAGAGCAAAACCAACAACCAAUACUCACUGCAUCACAAGCAAUGAUGAAGCACCACUGGACCCUGCUGCAGGACCAAACAAAGUGGUGUCAGCUCAACAUCAAUCCUGUAGAUCCUAUGUAUAUGAGUAAAACACACACUAUAAGUCAAGGUUGUGUACCAUAGGCCAUGUAUUACUAUACGACUGCCUCCUCCCAGCUGUAGUCCUCUAUAUUAACUCACAGAGGCUUAAUGGGAGAGGCUAGAGCAACCGAGACAUGUCGACUCUGUUUGGGAUUACUGCGGGUAUAAAAAAAUAGAAAUAUGAAAUAACUUGUGAUGUUCGCUGAGAACCCGAAUCGUCUUCCCGCUGUACUUGAAGAGUUGUGAUUGGCGGCUGGGUUUUUUUUUUGUUUUUUUAAUUUCUGAUUUUUGUGAAUGCUGCAUGUUGAUUUUAGUUAUUGCUGUCACAGCACGGUGGCCCACUCUGAAUGAAGCAUGAAGCCUUCUCCGUCUCUCACUCACUUUCUCUUUCUCCUCCUGCUCUCUGUGUUUCCGGGAUGGCGUCGAGUAUAUGGAUUAGUGGGAUCGAGAACCACUUCACAAGAGCUAGAAGCAGGAUGCAGCAUUUGACGGAGCACCUUGUCACAGAGCUGCUCCUUUCUCUUUUCUGUUGCCAGCUGCACCCUGAAUCUGGAAGGUGCUUCUUCUGUCGCAUGAGUGGGAUUGAUUGCUGUUUUGGAGCCAGAAAUGUGUAAUUCGUCUUACCUGAAUAAGCCGAGGGAGACUUAAUGUCACACUCUGAGUGCUGGCUGAGAACAGGGUUGUCUUUAAACAUGGUGAUUGGGCACGUGACUGAAAUUUAAGGUGGCUUGAUUUUCUUCCCACUCUAUUUAUUGUUUGGUGUGUGGCUCAGCUUGCUGCAUCUGAGUGCAUGAGUGUGUGUGUGUGUGUGUGUGUGUGUGUGUGUGUGUGUGUGUGUGUGUGUGUGUGUGUGUGUGUGUGUGUGCAUCUGAGUGCAUGUGUGGGCAUGUGUGUGUGUGUGUGUGUGUGUGUGUGUGUGUGUGUGUGUGUGUGUGUGUGUGUCUUUGCCAUUUCUCAUUUUGCCUAUUUUCACAUCAGAGACUGGCCUGACAAUGUCCCCAUCUUGGAAAAAUCUCCCUCCCAGCACUGAAUAAGUCACAUGAACAAAUCAGCGUCACUUCAGGCAAGCAGUCCACCACACAAUGUGUGUAUUAUUCAUCUGUUCUCCAGCUAGAAUAUUUGUCAUUUUCUGCUGAAUGGCUGGAAAACACAAGUCUCUUCAGAGGAACUGGCUCUCGCCCACCUUCACACUGUACCGAAGACUCUCCACUUUUGUGCUUUAUUGACACGACUGCAACUGGUUGCAGUGAAAGGAUAAAAAAGUUUUUGUUCUCUAGCACCCCACCCCCGCCACAUACACUCACUCACCCUCCUCCAAGUGCGGAUUUAAGAGAGAAUCGUGUUAUUUUGUUAGAAAUCAUCCUCUGUUUUUAUCGCCACUUGAAAAGCUGUGGUGGUUGAGCUGGUCACCGUGGAAACAGCAUGACUCUGGAGGAUCCCAAGAAUUACUUUUCAAGCUUUGCUGCUCAGAAAGAAAAGGAAGAAAAAAAAACAGAACAGUCCAUCUGAAAUCCUCAGUUUUAUUUGGCAUUCGUGGCUGUGUUUCAGUGUCAACGGCUACAUUAUUAAUGCAAAACAAUGUUGCCUUAGACUUGUACAUUUUCUUUGUUUUUUUGUUAUUUUUGGAUGUAUACUCUUAAGCCUCUGCGUUGGUUGCUUUACAGUAUUGCAACAUGUUCUGUUUCCCCCCAAUGGCCUUACUCUGUUCUUUUCUAUUCUAUGCAUACAACUGUCUGUGUAUUUAUCAAUGAGUUUACUUUUGUCGUGGACACAGCUAAACGAAUGUCCAGCCCUUCUCUGUCCUCCCCUUUCCAGCUACUGUGAUGACGAUAAUGAUGAUGAAGAUGAUGACGAUGAUGAUGAUGAUGAUAAACCUAUAAGCACCUAUAUUUCACUGCUCUUUUGCUUCUCUUUUGCUACAAGGCAUUAAAAUAUUUGGGGAUUGAAAAGGAGUUUCAAAAAAAUACUUUGCGUUCAUGAGCACUGUUGUACGGUGUCGCUUCCCAGAAAAUUACAGGUUUAAAAAAACACACAUUUGAUUCUUAGUUUUGAUGCUUUCAGCUUUGGUUUUUCCUCUGUACAUGGCAGUGGGUGUGAAGAUAGUAAUUUAAUAUUUGUAUAAAGUUUAAUUUAAUUUUACAGUGUGUAUAUAACUUUCUAAUUAAAGCUUUCUUUUGAAUGUGGA